AUUUGUUUUCUUUCAGUUUUUUGGGGUUGUUGUUGUCGCUGCAGAGUAGGGGAAGACUUGUUUUGUUUGGGGGUAACCUCUUCUCCAGUGCCCCCCCACCCUUCACACCAUCACUCCUCUGUCCUCCCCAGCAGCGCUCUGCUCCAGCCCCUCAGAGCUGCCUCCAUCACUCCCUCCACGCUGUUUCUCCAUCCUUUUCCUUUCCUUUUUUUCUUUUUUCUUUUCGAGGUUUGGGGGAUUUGCCAAAACCUAUUUCAUGCAUGUCCACUGGGGGCAGGUUCAACUUUGAUGAUGGGGGGUCAUACUGCGGAGGGUGGGAGGAGGGCAAGGCCCAUGGACACGGGAUCUGUACCGGGCCCAAGGGCCAGGGAGAGUACUCUGGAUCCUGGAGCCAUGGCUUCGAGGUGGUGGGCAUCUACACCUGGCCCAGCGGCAACACCUACCAGGGUACCUGGGCCCAGGGCAAGAGGCACGGCGUGGGGGUGGAGAACAAGGGAAAGUGGGUGUACAAGGGAGAGUGGACUCACGGCUUCAAGGGUCGAUACGGCCUCCGGGAGAGCACGGGCACCAGCGGGAAGUAUGAAGGAACCUGGAACAACGGGCUGCAGGACGGAUAUGGCACAGAGACCUACUCUGAUGGAGGUAUGGUAUACCUGGAUAGACCUGGAUAG